AUGGGUAACAAGAAUGGUGACCAUAUUGAUGCACCCAUUGUGUCCCCUUAUGAUGACAACAUUCGCCCCCUUCUAAAUGCAAUAGACAAGCUCCGCCACCUUAUCACUUCCGAAGGGAUACGACUACCUACCAUCGUGGUCAUCGGCGACCAAUCCUCCGGCAAGUCCAGUGUCCUUGAGUCCCUCGCCGGCAUCAACCUCCCCCGAGGCCAAGGCAUUUGCACUAGAGUUCCCCUCAUCAUGAGACUCCAACACCACCCCUCCCCACACGCCGAGCUCUUUCUCGAGUUCAACAACAAAAUUGUUUCAACCAACGAAAAAAGCGUCUCCGAAGCCAUAAAUCUCGCCACAGAAGAGAUCGCCGGCAAAGGGAAGGGAAUCUCCAACACCCCACUCACUCUCGUGGUUAGGAAAAAAGGUGUUCCGGAUCUAACAAUGGUCGAUCUUCCCGGCAUUACCAGAGUUCCUGUUCAUGGCCAACCCGAAAACAUAUAUGACCAGAUAAAAGGCACUAUCAUGGAGUACAUUACACCUGAAGAGAGCAUUAUACUAAAUGUUCUAUCCGCUACUGUUGAUUUCCCCACUUGUGAAUCCAUCAGGAUGUCGCAAAGUGUGGACAAGACCGGAAAAAGGACUCUUGCCGUCGUCACGAAGGUGGACAAGGCUCCCGAGGGCCUGCGUGAGAAAGUUUCCUCUGAUGAUGUGAACAUAGGACUUGGUUAUACAUGCGUUAGGAAUCGCAUAGGCGAAGAGUCUUAUGAGGAGGCCAGAAAAGAAGAAGCUAAACUUUUUAGUUCCCAUCCUCAACUCUCCAAACUUGAUAAAUCUAUUGUGGGUAUUCCUGCUUUGGCACAGAGGUUGGUGGAGGUUCAAGCCGCAAGCAUUGGGAAGAGCUUGCCGGGGAUCGUGAAGAAUAUCAAUGACAAGUUGAACACAAAUGCUGCAGAACUCAGGGCAAUGCCCAAACAACUGUCUUCGCUUUCUGAGGCCACGACAACCUUUAUUCGAAUUAUUGGAAUGGCAAAGGAAUCACUUAGGAAAAUUCUUUUGAGAGGAGAGUUCAACGAGUACCGAGAUAACCCGAAGAUGCACUGCACUGCCCGGUUGGUGGAGAUGCUUGAACACUACUCCGACGAUCUGUAUAAGUGUGAGGAAAGUGAUAUGAGAAGGGACUUUUUAAUGGAGGAGAUCAUGGUUUUGGAGGAGUCUAAAAUGAUUGAACUCCCUAACUUCCUUCCUCGCUCUGCCUUCCUCAUGAUUCUUGAGAGAAAGAUUGAAGGGAUAUCCAGUUUUCCAAUUAAUUUUAUGGUGGAGGUGUGGGAUUAUGUUGAGGAUGUGGUGACUUCUGUGUUGAAGCGCUAUUCAGAAAACUAUUACCAUCUCCAUUUGUCUAUAAUUAGCGCCAGCCACAGCCUCAUUGAGAGGAUGAAAGAAAGAUCGAUUAACUGGGUGUCGGAGAUUGUGGAAAUGGAGAAGCUCACUGGUUAUACUUAUAAUCCUGAGUACUCGACGAACUGGGAUAAGUUAAUGAACCAACGAGAAUCAUUUGUGAGCGGCGUUUUGAACAAUAGAGGCGGUGUUGAACAUAAAGAGAUUUCAAAAAUAACAAUUGAAGAUAUUGGAGAGAUUGAGGUUUGGAGAGAUGUUGGGUUGCAUUCUACUCGUAUUUUGAUGGAUGCUUUUGACUUGAAAAUGAGAAUGGUGGCAUACUGGAAGAUUGUGCUGGGGAGGUUGAUAGAUGGAAUGGCUCUGCACUUGCAGCUUAGUUUGGAAUAUUUGGUGAGGAAAGAAUUGGAGAAAGAGGUUGUUGAAGAUUUUAUGGCACCUGAGAGGGGUGGGGUUCAAAGGAUGAUGGAGGAAUCACCCAUAGUGGCCACAAAGAGAGCCAAGCUAACAAAAAGUAUCGAAUUGCUUAAGGAGUCCAAAGAGGUUUUGGCAAAGUCCAUGAACAAGAUUACUUCUUACAAUGUGUAGUCAUCGAUCUCUAUGUUUUCCCUCAAAAUAAUAGUGGUGCUUCAAUUGCAAUGAUGGGGAUGUCCUUUAUUUAUCGUCUUAAAUAUAUUGUUGUACUUCCUCCUUGCAUUAAAAAAUUUGAAUGACACUUUAAUAAAAAUAUAAUUUACCAUC